AUGAAUCAGAGACCGAAAAAGGAGCGAACUGGCUUGAAGGCGUUUAGCGCCAUGAUACUCUCCAUUCUGCAGAAAGAGAAGUCGAUCGAGUACACGAAAGUGGCCGACAUAAUCAUGGGCAUGACGGAGGGAACUGGCGACGACAAAAACGUGAAAAGGCGAGUGUACGAUGCGCUGAACGUCAUGUGUGCGGUGAAUCUGGUUAGAAAGGAGAAGAAAAUGGCGUAUCUUUCGGACAACCAAAUGUGCUCGUGCGAGGACGAGGUGGAGAGGCGCCUGCUGAGCUUGGGGCAGUCGAUAGUUUCCGCGUCGAAGCUCCGGGAGCGGGUUGAGGAGAAAAAGAAAGUUCUUGAAGAGACGAUAAAAAGAAAAGAGCUUCUGAUGAAGCUGAUAGAAAGAAACAAAAAGCGAGAGUACUUGGAGGAGAAGGAAAAGCUGCAUCUUCCAUUCAUACUGAUAAGCACCCAGAAAAAGUCCCGCAUAGACUGCGAGACAAACGACAAAAGGUCGUACUUUAAGUUCAUAUUUACAAGCCCGUACAGAAUACACGAGGACGUGCACGUGCUGAAGCAGAUAUUCGGGGAAAAGGAGAGCGCGUUCAUACAGGAGAGAGAGGAAAAAGCCCCUGUGGAGCGCCCCCAGAGCGAAAACAUCCCGGAAAAAGCGCCAAAUGCUGCCGCGUGGCUGCCCAAGGACGCAAUGGAGCGGGCCACGCCUGGAAGCCCAAUUGGCUCCAGCUACAUCUUCACAGAGGAUGACGACUGGCUGAAUUUGUACAACUUCCUGAACUAA